AUGCAUGAUCUUGCCUUCCUAAUUAAAAUAUCGAACAGAAUCAACAAAUCCUGUAUUCGCAAACCUUCUUCCAUUCCAAAGAGUAUCCAAGAUCGAAAUCUCUUAGUUUCCUGCCUCUUGGAAAAUUUUAUUAAAAUACUCGUCUGCUUCUAUUGCAAAGAUUGUGAUUUCGGGUCUUGCAAGGUAUCUUCCGGAGACUCUUCUCGUUGCAUCGAAUGCAUUCGACUGAGCUGCUCCAAGUGCAACAUUAUAAGCUCUUCCUCUGAGAAGCUUUACAAUAUUGCUACUUAA